AUGAAUCCUAGCCUCUCCGCCUACACCAACCUCGAGUCGCUGCUGCUGUUCCAGUGCCUCCAUGCCUACGGCGUAGGGCCCGCCGUCUUCGGCAGGAUAUCCGACCUGCUGAAGAAACACCCGGACAUCACCGACCACAAGUACUUCCAGCCCGGCCGCCUCAGUCCCGAUGCACUGCGCAACUUCUACCUGGAGCGUCUGAAGAGAGAGAUCGAGUACGAGCAGGGCGCCGACAGCGAUGGCCACCAGAAUGGGGAAGUCGCCAGCUCGGGCAAGAGAAAGAGGCAUAGCCCAAGCCUGCCCACUGUCCAGGAGUCGCUGCAACACCAACACCUGAUACCGAAGCUCGUCACGAAGCUAUACGCGUCGUACCGCUACGAGAUCACGGAGCAGAUCCGACUAGAGGAGGAGCGCUACGAGAGGCUGCAGCGCGAGAUCAAUGGCAUCGAGCGUGGGGAGUGGGACGACCAGCUGAGAGAGAGGGAGCGGGAGCGGGAGCGGUCGAGUGGUCGCACACCAUCGCCGCGAAGCCCUCAGCUGCCUACGGAGUCACCACAGUCUGCGCCGAAAGCUUUGCAGCCCACUGCCAGCCCGACGCCUGUUCAGAAUGGCUCGCGAGGUGGACCCUCCAUCGCGCCUUCCCCAGAUUCUACCCAACAACAACAACCGGGAUCCGCGCCACCACUUCACAACGGACAGCCCUCACCAUCUCCUCGCAAGAAGCACCCUUCCUCUGAUGGACGGCGUACACCUUCCACUCCGCAACCAAGUUCCAACCAGCCGCUAGCACCACCACAGCGAUUCCAGCAAACAUCACAGCCUCAUCCGAAUCAUAACGGCAUGCCCCAUCCAAAUGGCCCUCCGUUCCCUCAAAAUAUACAACCUCAGCCAGCGAGCCACCCGCAGCAGCCGCCGUCGCCAGGUCCCCAAUUGCAGCCCCAGCCAGUCCAGAACUAUGCGCCGAAUGGAAUACCUCAGUAUGGCCGCCCAGGGUCGCAGUUGCCAUAUCCUGGACAACCCCAGCAAUACCCCCUACAGCAAUCCUCAGGGUCUCACUCUCCUGGAUUCCAUCCUGGACAGCAGCAGCAGCAGCAGAAAUCUCAUCAACCUCCUCCCGGACACCAGCCAUACCCCCCGUUGCAACCUCAGAUGCCUCAGCCACCACCUCAAGCAGGCUUCAUGCUUCCACCGUUCCAGGUUGCACCCCAGGACCCGUCACGCGUCCACCAUCAAGCCGCCGUGCCCCAGCAGCAUGCUCAGGUAUCUACACCCGUUGGUAACAGACAAAUGUCGAGAGCAAGUGUACAGACUCCUGGUACCGGCAAAUCAGGCGCACCGCAGAUGCAUCCUCUUGUUGUCCAGGCGAGACAGUCUGUCUCCACACCGAUCAACGCACGCUCACCGCAGAGCGCUCUAGCGACUCCAGUAUCUGCCAAGAGUCUCUGGAAGCGAUCAAGCUUCACUGGACCGCCUAGCACUCCUGCAAGCCCACGCCCCGAGGUGUUGCCUCUCGACGAUGUUCCCCCUCUUGUACGACCGAAACAAACACCACCAAAGUCAAAAACGCAGCGCAAGUCGCGAGUAAAGGGCAAAGGGAAAGAGGUAGAACAGGACCCUGCAACAGACACCGAGACACCGCAAAACUCCAAGCAGUCCCACGACCAAGAAGAAGAAUCUUUGCUUGAACCAGAAUCCCGUUCUGGUCGCUCACGGAGGAAAGCACCAGCGAAACGGACAAGACCUGGUAGCAUUGCAUCCUCUCGAGCAGGUGGCUCUGUGCGAGAUCGGAGUCGAAGCCAGUCCAUUCUCUCACAUACAGACACAAUAGCGGCGGAUAAUGAAUCGCAAGCCGGUCAUCGGAUCAAGUCAGAGCGCGGAACCUCUGUGGAGCCUGUUGACGAGGAAGGUUCCUUUGAGACACCAUCGCACAUGUCCACGCGUCGACGAGGAGCAGCUCCUACCUCAGCAUCAUCUUCCACGCGCCGAAAACGAAAUGCCCGCGAGGCUUCUCUCGAGGAGACUGAAGAGACGUCCUUUAGCACGCCAGGCCCGCCCAAAACUCUUGUCGCACCACGGAACUUUGCCCGCACGACGGCCCCCAUGAUGUAUGAUAUUAAUUCACACAAACACGCUUCAACUUUCAAUACAGCUGUGCGCGCGAAAGACGCCGAAGGCUACUACGACAUAAUAAAACGUCCCACGGAUCUCUCCUCCAUAAAGAAAGCUAUAGCAACAGGCUCAAAGCAAGUUGCGGCAGCCGCUGCAGCGUCCGAUAAUCCCACUGGUAGUCCUGGUGGCGCGACAGGAGGCGUUGUCGAGUUGCCGAUUACGGCAGACAACGUGCCUCCAAAGGCAAUUGUCAAUGCUGCGCAGCUGGAGAAGGAAUUGAUGCGCAUGUUUGUCAACGCAGUCAUGUUCAAUCCUGGAGAAGAGGGUGUGGUGAGAGACGAUCUCCUCGAACAGCUCUAUUCAGCCUAUACAGCUCCAAUAAAGCCAUUGUCUUUGUCUCUCCGUCCCUUUACCUUACCAUCUUCUCACUCUGCUGCAACAAUCAAUUUGCUGUCUGCGGCAAUGUCUGAUGAUUCUGAGGUGGAUCGAUCCACGACUACAACUCCAUUAGCAACCCCGUCUCGUGCUUCGACCUUGCCCACCAGCAGUAUUGGUCGCUCGAGCAUCUCCAUGGAGCCGCCUAGGAUGGACAACGCCGCGGACUUCAAGUCAUACCCGCAUACGCCGGGUACUGUCGACUUCACUCCACCCCAAAUGCUCAUGCAAACCCCCAUCACUAUCGAAUGUGAGCUCGACCUCAAGACCAAGCUCACUGUGCACGAGGAGCUUCUGUGCGUUCACAGCAAGCAACUCCUAAGUCAAUUCGAGAAGGCAAGGUCGGCUAGGGUGCAGUUCGCAAAGGCCGACGCGUUUCGUGAGAAAGUCGCAGCAUACGUAUUUCCGGAGUGUUCUCAGAAGGAGUUUGAAGACAGGCAUUUGGAACAACAAGUCAAACCACUGAUCAAGCAGGCAUCUGAGAACUACCCGCUGGUUGGGUACUCCACCGGCGUCAAGAAACUCAUUAUGGACGAAGUCACCUCCCAGAUGUCUGCCAAAAACGUCAAGAAGUCGGCCCCGAAGCCUUCACAGAUCGCUUCGGACCUGAGCCUAUCGGGUAGAUUGGAUCUCCUCAAGCCCCAUGCCCUACAAGAUGUAGCCUCUGCACUCUUUAAAAGACUCCACGACAUCCAAAAGACCGAAGUCAAGAGAGCCGAGAAGGAUCCUUUCAAAGCCGCCGCGCAGCACCGUCUAAUACUUCCUGAUGAGAAGGAGGCGACUGUGAGAUACUUCAUACAGUGGAUUUAUCGAGAAAAGUGUCUAUACGAGGGUUCUGAACAGCUCUACUCUGUUCUCAAGCUUGCUACACGACUUGGUGUUGACGAACUCGCUAGUAUAUGUUUGAAACAAUUGUACAGGGCCGCGAGCGACAGUCUCAUGCAUGCUGAGAAUCAUGGAGUCCUCAUCCAGACACUUCUGGGAUACGGUCCAGAUGUUGCAGCCGAUGGCAGUUUUGGUGUUGUCUUCAAGCACGCCGUUAAGGAAGACAAUACUCCGAAGCAACUCAAGAGUCUGGUUGUUGAUACUUUGGCGGCAACACUCGAUCCUGAGCUAUGGCAGCAUGUGAAGGGGUUGAUUAAUCACAGCAUGGCUCUACAGGUCAUUGAAGCUAUGGUCGAGCUACGUCAGCAUGUCAAGUUGGAGACGGACGAUCAAGGUGAGGGCGUCAAAUCCGAGCGCGAGGAUCCUAUUAGUGCCUUCACGCAGCCAAACAUUCCUGUUGACCACGGAAAGUUGUCCCGCCGUGGUGAGCACAAUGGCAAAUCGGUUUGA